AAAUUUCUAAAAUUGAGACCCAGGGAAAAUAAAAGUGCACUUGGUUCUUUUGUUUUUUUAGUUUUGUCACAAUCAUCGUUGGGUUCUUCUUCCUCUAAACGCUUCACAUGGAAAAUAUGAGAAAUCAAAUCACUUUUGAGGCGGUUUUUAACAGAGCCACCUUUGACGAAGAUCGAGUAGAGCUGCAUUUCAAAAAGCAAGAUGCUGCUGCUGACAUUUUGGACCUCUAUUCAAAAUUUGUGAUUGCGAGGGUUGGAACUAGGACUCGGUCGUGCGAUUUGCGGUUACAUUUGAUGAAGGAGAUUUCAGGUAUGCUGACUUCUCUAAAAAGUGAAGCAACACAUCCUGCAGUAUCUCCUGAGACAACCAGCGAGUCGUCCAGCGAGUUGUUCAGCGAGGAGUCGUCCAGCUCAGGAACAGAAGCAGUAGAUAUGGUAGACAGUUUUCUGGCUUGAUAGUUGAUACUUGACAGUGGAUGGCGACUGUAUUUUUUGUUUAGCAGGUACUCUCCUGCAAUAAAGGUAGUUUGUUGUAGGAUUAGCAGGGUUUACCUUUGGUUUGACUCAGAUGGCAAUGCAUGUGCUGAUUCAAUUCAAGUUGAAUUUGUUGAACUUUCAGUUUUAAUGAUUCUUUGAAGAUCGAAUUCAGAUUAUGCGGCAA